CAACACACCCACAACAAUGGGAGACUGAAAUGAGGAAUAUUAGAGACAUAAAUUUAGACGCAUUUAAAUAUCUGCUUGCCAUCCCACCUAGGUUUUGGUCAAGAUCUAGAUUCACCUCUAGAUCACAAUGUGACACUCUUGUGAACAACAUGUGUGAGGGCUUUAAUAGUGUGCUAGUUGAUAGUAGGUCUAAGCCUAUUAUUAGCAUGUUAGAAGACAUAAGGGUUUACAUAAUGAAGAGAUGGGCUGCCAACAGGACAAAGAUCACAUCAUAUCAAGGUUCAAUCUGCCCCAAGGUUUUUAACAGAUUUCAGAAGGAGUCCUGGUUAACUAGAUAUUGGUUACCAAGAAGAAUACAUUGGCCACUGGUUUAGGAAGUCUACUUAUGAAGAGACUUACAACACAAUAAUUAACCCUAUCAAUGGACAACAUGUCUGGGAUGUUACACCCUAUGCAGAUAUAUUACCACCAAAGAAGAGGACAAUGCCAGGAAGGCCCAAGAAGAAACGAAGACUAGAGGAGUGGGAGUUGAAGAAGAAUAACAGUGAAUUAAGAAAGGGUGGGCAGAGGAAAACAUGUGCCAUCUGCAAAGAAC